GUGUUGUAGGUCCCCAGGGGGACAGGGCAUCGAGACCCUUGCGGGGCGGCGCGGGCAGGGCCUCUGAGACAUCACUGCAGGUUUUUUCUCAGGACUGCAGGUUCCCGCGUCCUUCCCGCCGAUGCAUCGAAAUGAUUGCGACUGUACUGCGCUACGGAAUGCCACGCCGAAGCAGAGAUAUCAAAAUAUAUAAACUCGCGCGCGCGUGCCCCUCACGGAUUCGUGCUGGCGGAACAUGCACAAGUGCCCAGCGUGAGCGAGAAAAAGGGCAGAGAGGAGGAUUGGGAAUACGAGGAGGGGCGGGAAUCGAGGGGAGAGGACUAAGCAGCACAGACUAAAUGUAGCGCGUCAUCGACUGUAACCAAGGGGUGGAAAUCGUCAGCCAAAAUGCAGCUGCACGAAAUAUCCACACAUCGAUCUGUAGUGCUGAUCUUUGCAGCGACAGGGCUGCCGUUGCAGCUCAUCUGGCGCCGCGCAGACAACCGAGCGACAGUGCGCGCAUCUGAAGGUCACUCCAGCUCCUGGUCGAGCGGGGAUCUGAUCUGCUGGACAUCGAAUUUCUCCCUCAGCGGCGGCUCCUCUGGCAGGAAGCUGGAGAUGCAGAUAACGCACGCCAUCCAAACGACGUCGGCAGCUUGCGUCCAGAAGCCCGACCCGAGCGCCGGCAUGCCGCUAUCCACCUCGUGGAAGGCCAGAUUGCAGCCGUACGCGAAGACCAAGUAUACGCAGCAAUAGCGGGAGACGGCGGCGAACACUUCCUGCAUGGUGGUCACAGUCUCGCUCUUUGAGCUGCAGUGGACGGAGAGAUUAAGGCUGAUGUAAGUCAAGUAUUCGGCACUGGCCUGAAAGACGAAUCUGCCAGUGUGAACGGACCACCAAACGAUCUCCUGGCCAUGAGACCUGGCGGGUCUUCUGGGUUCGGCCCAAGGAUCCACAAGCACAGCCAGAUGUUGCUAGAGAGGCCCAGAGCGUAUGCUGUUGAUGUGCUGAAUGCGCUAGCCCAUGUUGUGUGGCCCUCGCUUUGAAGAAGCGCCCUCCGUAAACCCGCAAGCCACGCGUAUCGGUAGCUCAAGUACGCAUUGAACGCACAGCAGAAGACUGAGAUCCAAGAGGCGGGAAAGUAGUCCCAACCGAAGCACGGAUUGAAGGAGCUGAUCAUCUUUUUAGCUGGAUGCUCGAAUAAUUGUGGCCUAAGCGUGGGGGCAGAAAACGUCAAGCCCCAUGUGAUGAGCAACGUAAGACCAAACACUUCGUGGAUUGCGCCGAGGAAGCGCCUCGGACAAAUGACACGGCUCUGGACCGGAGCAUUCAACACUUGCACAAACGUGAAGUAUUCGAGGCAGGACGGAAGAUUGCAAUUUCGUGGCGAUCCCCCUAUCGAUUCAUCGUGCUUGCCCACCUCCCUUGCAUGUGCAAUAUCGAUAGUCCUUUCCAGUGGCUGAUCAGGAGGC